AUGGCGGAGUCAGCUUCCGGCGCGCCCGCCACGCAGAGAGGCGGGACUCCUCCAGCUACGGAAAUCAGCCCCGCGAAGGAAGACCACUUUCUUCAGUUGGUUUUGCGCAUCACUCUCGACCCCGCCGCCGCCUCCUCUCCUCACUGCCAGCUCUACUACCUCCGGCGCUACGCCGAAGAGCUGAAACAAGCGGGCAAGCCUUUAAAGCUGACUCGGGACGAUUUCGAGACCGUCAUCAUCAAGCGCAUUCAGGACGCCGCCGCAGAAGGCAGUCCAAACGUCUUCAGGUUUCUCGCCGACUCGUUUCACAGAGCCAACGAUGAAGUCUACAGCAAAGGACUGCCGGCUGCACUCCGCCUGGAAGUAAUCCAGGACCUGCAGCGUCAGCUGGUGAACUACGCCGUUCUGCUGCUCUCUUGCCCGGAGCUCUUCGAACUGGGCGACAUGCCUCCGUGUCAGAUGCUCGAAGAGCAACUCCGACAGUUCGUGGAGAUCGGCUGCCCUCUGUCCUUCUUCAACCGCAUGGUUGACGACUUAGUUCAGCAGGGCGUCGACUCGGGGGAGGACCUGCUGAAGCGGUGGUUCAGACCCGUCAUCAAGGCUCUGUGUGACGGCCUCAACCUCCACAACAUGACCGAGUACAAGUCGCCCGCCUACAACGCGCUCAAGUUCCUCUCUGGCCAGAAGCCCCUCGCGCGCCUCAUGGCUGAAGCCUCGUUUCUGUUCCCCGAGUUCCAGCGCCGCUUCCCCGUCACCAAGUCCGGGCUCUUCUAUCAGGAGAACUCACUGCUCGGCCGCCUUCUCGCGCCGACGCUGCUGGAUGGUCCCACGCUCAAGAAGGGCCGCCAGGAGAGUCUGUCAAUGAAGUACUUCGCAGGGAACCAGGCGCUGACGGCGCAGUAUUUGCAGGCGACCGUUCAGACCCUCCGCCACGACCAACAGAGUCUGCAGGAAGUCUACGUCCAGAUCGUGAAAAACAUGUGCCGCGGCGGGUCAGAGUGCCGCCACAGGGUCGUUCGGUGGUACGCGGAGAUCCUCGGCUCCAACGAACUCCGCGCCAAGAUGAGCCACAUGCUAAGGAUGACGCAGCAACAGGCGGCGGAGUCGCUCGACCCCAUGCACGCCAUGCUGCUGAAGGUUCAGGGCCAGACGAGCUAUGGUUUUACGCUGAAUGCCUUCUGGUCGCUGCUGGGUUUGACUGAGCCGAUAAAGAUGGAAAAACUGUCAGAUAUCUGUUACUUCUACGGCAUGCGCGCGGAGGAUUCUCUCGCGCGGGAGGUGCUUGGCGACCUGAUGAAGGACGCGAAGCUGGGAGAUGACGCCUCGGUUGCGGCGGCGGAGCGGUUCGCGAGGGAAAAAGGCCUUCUGCAGGCUGAGUCAAAGUUCUCCACGGAGGUCUUCUUGCUCAUGCUCAAGUCGCUGCGUGUGUUGUUCAACCCCUGCAUGGCGGAGUUCACUCGCAUUCUGCAGAAGUUUCAAGCUGUCCACGACCAAGGUACCUCUCCGACGUCCCCUGAAUACAGAUUCCUGAUUGCGGAAAUCAUGGCCUGGCGCACGGUCGUCUUCCAUCCCAAAUUCUGCUCGCUGUACUGGCACGCAGUCCAUCUCGCGCUCGCGUGGCUGCUGCGCGCGGUCUACUGCUUCAAUCUGGAUGGCUCUCUCCGUGCAGAUGACGUCGCGCUGGUCGCCAAGCAGCAGAACCGCUUUUCGACUCUCGUUUUGCAGUCAUGUCCUCCUCCCCUGCAAGCGGAGAGAGCCACGCGCGGCGCCUCGGGUGCAGGCCGCACGUCGCCCGGCAGGGGAGCCACGCCUUCGUCUCACGGCGGCGCCAGCGCGUCGUCAGACGCCGUCACUGUCCCGCCGCAGUUUGCCGCUCUGCCCAGUGCGCUAGUGGAGGACCUCUUUACGAGCGUCCGCCGAAUGCUGGAACUGCAGUCGGUCUACCUCUCGGUGCGCAGCACGCAGGGGUUUGAGCAGCCGCCGAUUGCCGCGAUGGACGCCGAGCUCGUGGCGGCCGCAUGCAUCGCCGUCAUGACUGCUUCUGAGUUCUUCCGGAACGUCCAUCUGCGCUGCGACGGGGCAUGCAGAACUCUCUACUUCAUGUUCCUGACUGAAGGCGUGCGCGGGCGGUUGGAGAAUACGCCAGUCGUCCAGGAGCACCUUGUGCGGGCUCUGACGGAUGUCUUCAUUGCCUCUGAGCGUGGGUCCUACUAUGACCGCAUCACCUUCCGCAUCCCGAUCGUCGACCUCUUUCAGAAGCUCCUCGUGGCUGACGACUUCAAAGCCGCUCUCCACCGCCUCGGCUCGAGCAGCCCCGAGAAAUUCAUUCACAUGAUUCAUCUGCUGCUCAACGACGUUUCGACGCUUGUCGACCAAGCCAUGUCGGCGCUGACCGAAAUCCGCAAACGCCAGCUCGAGGGCAGGGACCACGACGAUCCGCCUCCGCAGGCCAACGCUGCGACGACUGCCGAAGGCGCGGCCGAAGCAGUCGGGGGGGGGAGCGCCGCGGCCGCGAGUGGAGCUGCAGACGAGCAGAGCGCGGAGGAGGAGGAAGACGACGACACGGGCGCGUCGCUAGAAGGCAAUGCGCAGCUGCGACGAGAAACGUGGUCUCGCCUGGAGGCGACUACUCGAGAUCUCUGCAGCCUCGGUUUCAACGCGUGCAGCCUGUUCAGCUUGUACGCUAGAGAAUGCGGCGCCUACAUUAUUCGGAGCUCGAGCAUUCUCCCGCAGGCCGUGACGACGCUGGACUGCUGCCUUGAUCACCUUGUCGGGCCUCGCUGUCUGCAGCUUAAGGUCAAUAACAUGGAGAGUUACAAUUUCCAACCCAAGAACUGGCUCAUGAAGGUGCUCGAGAGCUACGUCUACCUCUUGCAAGCUGACCCCGAGGACGGUGCUCAGCUGGUGGCUGAAAUCCUGAAAGAUGGCCGCUAUUUCCAGAAGGAAACGGUCAACAAGGCGUAUCGCAUCGCGAAACGCGAAGGCCUGAUGAACGUGAAGCUGCUCCAGAAGUUCCAAGAGCUGGUCAAGCGACUUUCCGAAGGGAAGGAAGAGGACUUCGAGAUCGACUACGACGCUUUCCCGGCUGAAUAUCUUGAUCCGAUCAUGGCUGACGUCAUGACGGACCCCGUCAGGCUACCGACCAGCAACAACAUCAUGGACAGAAAGCACAUCGAGCGCCACUUGAUGUCUGAGCCUUCAGACCCCUUCAACAGAAUGCCUCUGACUAAGGACGCCCUGAUUCCGCUACCAGAACUGCGCCAGGAGAUCAUGGCUUUCAUCGCCUCGAAAAGCAACUCUGCGAACUAG